CACACUGACAAUAUACGGUAUUAGCCAGGAAGACGAGGCUAUCUACCAGUGUAUCGCUGAAAACAGCGCCGGCUCCACACAGGCAAGUGCCCGCCUCACAGUGCUCUGGGCUGAUGGACUGCCUGGUGUGCCCACCCACGUGCAGGCUGAAGCCCUCUCACCCACCACCAUCCAGGUGUCCUGGAAGGAGCCAGAUCAGAACACUCAGGACAUCAUUGGCUAUGUGCUCCACAUCCGCAGGACUUCAGACCCAGUGGAGAUGGAGUACGAGGAGGCCGUCAGUAAGGUCACACUGCAGCAGAUCAUCAGGGACCUGGAGCCCUCCACCAGUUACACCUUCUACGUUAAAGCCUACACAUCCCAUGGGGCCAGCAAACCUUCAGAUAGUGCCACCGAGAGCACUCAUGGGGAGGUGCCCGCGCCUCCGUCCCUCUACACCAAGGUGUUGAACAGCAGUGUUAUACAAGCAACGUGGGAACCUUCCUCCAAGAUGGGCCAACAUCAAGGCUUCAGGCUGUAUUACAGGAGAGCCCACACACCUCAGUUCACUGGUCCCCUCACCUUCCCUCGCAAUGUCACCCAGUACAACAUCACACAGCUAGAUCUUGCACUGGUUUAUGAGAUAAAGCUGCUUGCAUACAACCAACACGGAGACGGCAACUCCACCGUGAGAUUUGUUUCGCUUCGGGAGGCGGUGGAGAAAUCUGUGUUGGAUGCCCCAUGCGACUGUGUGAAAGAUGAACAGAGCAAAACAUCCACUACAGGCAUCAUAAUCGGUAUUCACAUUGGAGUCACCUGUAUUAUCUUCUGUGUGCUCUUCCUCGCCUUCAGCUACCGCGGCAGGUUAAUGAUGUGUAAGACGGUUCAGGCCACCCCCCAGGCAGGGCACAGCGCGGGACUGGAAUCCUCAUCCUCUUCCCAGGGAGCCUCUGGUCUAAACGGAGCGAGCAGGAGAGAGAUGGAGGUCAAUGGCACCACAGCGGUGAAGAAAGUAGCCGACAGCAACGAGCUUGAGAGACUUUUCACUCAUCCCAACAUACAAGAUACAUGCAUGUCCGAUUCCUACGCGCUGAACGACACCCAGCUGUCUACGAUACCGCUGGACGAGUUCGGCGUGGAGCGAGAGACGCAGUUCCAGGAGCCUCCUGCGGCAGGAGCGGGUCGGCAGGACCAAGGCUAACCACGUAUGAAGGCCAAUUCACACGACGCUGUCCACAGCGUCCACUUAGACUCUACUCUCACUCAGGUUGACAAGU